GGCAGGGGGCGGAUGUUGGGGUUUGAAUCGGCCGUCGGUUGAUGUUGGGGUUGGAAUCGGCGCGGCCCGGCCCGGCCCGGUCCGAGCGACAGCCAGAAGAACUCGGGAUGAGUAAAAAGACUAAUUUUGAUGUUCAAAGCACAAAAAUCUGUGUUCUCUGUGGACGGACAGAUGACUGCCCUGAAAAGUAUGGAGAAAAAAGGACCUAUGUGGAAUACAAUCUCACUGUUCAUUAUUACUGUUUGUUGAUGUCAAGUGGCAUUUGGCAGAGGGGUGAAGAAGAUGAAGGUGUAGAUGGAUUUUUAAUCACAGAUAUUAGAAAAGAAGUAAAAAGAGCUGCAAAACUGAAAUGUAAUAUCUGUAAGAAAAAGGGAGCUUCAAUUGGAUGUGUAGCUCCUAAAUGCAAACGAAGUUACCAUUUUCCUUGUGGGUUACAAAAGGAAUGCAUUUUCCAGUUUAUGGAAGACUUCAGAUCUUACUGUUGGGAACAUAGACCAGUCCAAGACUUCAUGGAUAAAGAACCUAGAGGAGCUUCACAGUGCACAAUAUGCCUGGAUUUGGUUGAACAUCUUCCAGUGUACACUGUAUUGAAAAGUCCUUGCUGUAAAAAUGCUUGGUUUCAUCGAGAAUGCUUGCAGUAUCAAGCUUUGAGUGCUGGGAUAUUUUUCUUUAGGUGCACAGUAUGUAAUAACCAGGACAGAUUUCAAAAAGAAAUGUUGAGAAUGGGCAUACACAUUCCAGAAAGGGAUGCAUCUUGGGAACUUGAAGAAAAUGCAUAUCAAGAAUUACUGCAUUGUUAUCAACACUGUGAUGUUAAAAGAUGUCUCUGCAAGAAAGGAAGAGACUAUAAUGAACCUGAUAGUAAAUGGGAAAUUAAACGUUGCCAGUACUGCGGUUCUCGUGGGACUCAUUUGGCCUGUUCAUCUGUGAAGUCAUGGGAGCAAAACUGGGAGUGCAUGGAAUGCAGAAGUAUCUUUGCAAAAUCAGGGAAGUAUAGCAAACAGAAAAAGCGUGCUUUGGCUACCUGUGAAAAGACACAUGGAACACCUUGUUUGCUGGAAGAGCCACCUCCAAAGUCCCCUCGGCAGUCAUCUGGAUCUCCACGCAGUUUUCUACUCCAAUCACCAAAGAUAAUGUGCCAGAACUUGUCACCUUGCUCACACCUAGAGCAGCCAGCAUCCAACAGAGUGACAGUGUCCCCAUCUCCAGUGAUGUCAAACAGGAACUGGGCCCUGAGGCACAAGAAUUUAAGACAGCAAAGAAGGGAAGUUUGUAAUAUACUGAAGGAGUUAAAAAUACAAGUUAAAACAAAAACAACAAGACUUAACAUCAAUGCAGAAAAUAUUUGGAGUAGUGCUUUAAAAGGAUUUAGACAGCGCAUCUUCAAUCCUACAAACACUAUUGAAGUAAAUUUCUCAAACUGCAAAAAUAGAUCAAAGACAAAUACUUCUGCUGCAUCAAAACACCAUUUCUUCCAAGCAUUGAUGCUUCACCUUGAGAAUUCAUCAUUGUUUGAGGGCUCUUCUGGAAAGAACUUGUCUUUUGAUUUUCAAGCUGUAAAAGACAAUAUUUAUUUUGAAGCUGGUAAAAUGAUUGCCGUUUCUCUGGUUCAUGGUGGUCCACCUCCUGGUUUCUUUUCCAAAACACUGUUCAACUGUCUUGUCUAUGGUCCAGAGAAUGUGAAGCCAACUUUGGAAGAUGUUGCUGAUGUUGAUGUCGCACAAACAGUAAAAACGAUAAAAUAUGCAGAUAGUCUGUCCAGCCUACAGUCUACACUACAGGACUGCUGUGAAUUCCUCACUGCUGCUGGCUGUUUAAGACCUGUAACAGCUUUGUGGGAUAAGAACAUGCUGGUGAAUGACAUACUGAUCUAUCAUGUAAUCAAGAGAAUUACUUUACCCCUAGAAAGUUUUAGACAGGGCUUGAAAACACUGGGCAUUCUGGAGAAAAUGCAAAUGCACCCGGAUUUGUUCUCUAGCAUAUUGUGCCACAAACCCGAAAGACUCUCAGCGGAAACUGUUUACAGUCUCUUUACGAUCCAUUUCUCAUCAGAUGUAAAUAAAGUUGAAGGUGCUCAUUUGGAGAUGUGGAUGGGCUAUUUGCAAGAUGUGGAAAGUGGUGACUCUGUAGUAACAUUGGAGGAUAUUCUGCUCUUCGUAACAGGCUCCUCUUAUAUACCAUCUGUUGGUUUUGAUCCUGAACCUACUAUUAAAUUUUUGCGUAUAAGGUAUCCCAUUGGAAACAGACUUCUUAAUUGCUUAGAGCUUCCUAGAACAAAGACAUAUCAGCAGUUCAAAAAUAAAAUGGAGCUCACCAUCAGAAACACACUAAGAGUUGAAAGGGAGUAUUUUUGCUAUUAAACUGGACGUUGGAAACUUGAGUUUCCUGCAGGAACAUCUGCUUUCAGUUUGCUACUGUAUUUUUGGACAAUAUGCUUUUAGUAUUUUCUGAUCUUUCCUUCAAAUAAUGCUAAAAGUUGUAAUGUUAUGAGAGGGAAAACUAUUUUCAAAUUAAAAAAACUUUAUCUCCUGAAUAAUUUUCCUUUUGAAAUUUUUCCUUUGACUUUAAGAAUCCUACAUCUCUUGCAGAAGUAGUUUAAAUGUCAGCUUUUGCUGUAGACUGGUAUGAAAUGUUACCACACUCUGUAACAGGUAAGUAUGUGGAUUAUAUCAAAUACUUAGGUAACUUAUUUAGCAAAAACAAACCAGGUACAUUUUGAAGAUAAUUUCAGUAGAGCGCUGUCUUGCAUAAAACUGUAAUGCAGUUCUUCAGCUCUGUGUGGAUUUUUUCAGUAAUUGUUUUGUAUUAAUUCAUUUAUGUUCUAAUGGUUCAUAAAAACCCAGGAAAAUUAAAAUGCUUGUAGUUUUAUGGUCAUUGUGGCUAGUGCAUUGAACAUUGGGAGAAAACAGGUAAAAUAAUACAGUGUAAGAAGAAAAUUCGGUUGAACUUGUGUCUCUGUUUUUGUUCAAAUGUCAAAUGUUUUUUCUGCAUUCUUCUGUCAUACAUUAAUUUUUAAUUACUCAUAGAACCAGAAUAGUAAAAAACAGAAGGAAAUCUUUGAACGUGCAACAAUACCUUUCAAAGUGAAAUACAGCAGUUAGACUUAAUGUUAAGUAUGAAAGAACAAAAGUUUGUUGCUUACUAGAACAUGUAAACUUGUUGCCAUCCUAUUGCAAAGGUUUCAUACCUUCUCAGUGAUAUCUCAUGGGCAGCUCCUCACAGCACUGAUUCCUCCUCUGCACAGCCAACAAACUCCAUCUCACAUCUCCACCAGCCAACCUGCUCUUUUACAAUACCCCUCUUAAAUGGAUCCAGCUGUGGUCUGUUAAGGGCAGGCUUGUUCUUAAUGCUUGACAAUUGGCACAGCUGGAACUCCUUAGGGGUGAGAUU